UCUUCGGUCGUUGUCGUUGUUGUGCCGUUUUUAAAAAUUCGCUAAUAGUUUGAAGAAUUCGCUUGACCAGUUCGGAAACAAUAUUCGAACUUUGCAUAAUGCGCGAAAAUUAAAAGGCCCAAAACAAAUAAAUGAACAAGAAAUUGCAAAAGGAACUAAAUUAGCAAAAAUGUGUCAACGUCAGAGCUAACCUGAUAAUUAAGUAAGGCCACAGGAAAGGAACCAACGAAUCUUGAAAUAGGAAUUCACAGACAUAAAUAAAUUAAAAACAGCAGAGCACAAGCAAAGCUGCCUUAAUAACUAGAUUUAAAUACGAAAUAGAAUUACACAAUGUCUUCAGCAACGCAGCAGGCAAAGAUGAAGCAGCGUCCCGCGGCUAGCCAAUCCCUUAAUGAGGGCAUGACUCCAAAGAAAACGGCGCUCAUCAUAGUUACUGUCAUUGGCUGCAUAGCCAUACUUUGGCCGAAGGUGUUCUAUCCCAUGAUGUUUGGCGGAACGCCGCCCAAGCAAAACUUAAAGGAUCAGCGUGGUGGCCCCGGAGGUUGUUGUGAUGUCGUGCUCGACAGGGAAGAGUUCAUGAAUUCUACGAAGAUCGUUGAACCAUUUGGACCGCAUUUGUAUCGAAAACAGAUCAAUUUGUAUACGGGUGAAAUAAGUUUGCGCCAGGAACGUCCGGCCCACCUGCAUCCGGAGUCCAUAUAUCAGGCAAUGCGCGAACGUGGGCGCGCUAUACCUGCCACGCCCACCGUGCCUGUAGUCGAGCGCAAGAGCUCCCCCAGCAAUCCACCGCCUCGCAUUGUUGAUGGAAGGCCUGGACCGAUACCCGGUAUGCGACCGCCUAUGGGGGCAGGAGCUUUACAGCAACCUCAACAGAGGGGCAGCAGCAUGGGCUUUCUAAUGCCACUAUAUACUAUUGGGAUUGUCGUAUUUUUCGGCUAUACAAUCAUGAAGAUCGUGUUCAAAAAACAGAUACCAAAUGCGCCUUACGGACCAGCUCCAACCGAUCCUAGUUUCCGUCGCGAAGUUUUUGGUCAGGAGAAUCACAGUCAGGUGGAGGACUUAAAUGGCACCACAUUGGGUUGGCGCGAACAUCAAACAAGAACUAAAACUCACGAGUCCCCAGUCGCCACCAAUGGCAAGCGCAAUGGCAAGGAACUCUACAAUGCUAGCUUGUCGGCCACGGCGGUGGCCACGAAUCUCUCCACCACACUGAAGCAGCAUCAGCAGCAAUUCCAUGGCCAGCAACCUGCGAAGGCGCUGAGUGAGGCGGAAAAGUUACAUUUCAAUAAGGAAACACAACAAUUGAUGGAAAUUGAGAAAUUGCGUAAGAAGCUCGAGGAUACGGAGCGUGCGAUGGCCAAGCUGAUUGCCGAAAUGAACACCGAUCAGAAUGAGGCAAAGGAAAACAACGACGACGAAAAUUCGACUUUGAAAAAUGUAGAGAAGCGCAACAUUUCCAAUGGGCAUACAAAUAUCGGCAAGGAGCAGGAUGAGGCAAUCGAGAAAAGGAACAGUCAACAACAUCAACAGCAACGCAAACGUCGCGAUAUUAGUGCAGAACGCGAAGUAACGGUUCUAGGCAUGGAGGUAACAGCCAGUUGCGAGGGUGGCCAACGGUGGAGUGGACGCCCUCCAACGCCUGUUUUGCGCGCCCCGAAUGAGCAUUCUAAAUUGGAAGAACAACUGCCCGAGCCGCAUUCCAUUUACUUGGAGGGCGCUUUGGGUCAUGAAGCUCAAAUAUUAGUGACCGAUUCGCAAACCAAACGGGAAGAAGUAUACGAUGUCGAGUUGAAUGGUUCACCCGAGGAACCUGCGGUUGUACUGAGCAGCAAGAUGACAUUAUCAUUAAUUAAUUUGGAUACAAAUCAACAAAAUGGUAAUGAGAGCAAAGAAGAAAUCGAAAGUCCCUUGGCAGAUGAUAUCGAUAUUAUUGGACACGAGGAACAGUAAACAUUUGAUAUUGUGGAAAAUGCGAGCGAAAUUUAAGAAGCGUAACAUUAUGACUGAUUUAAAAACCAAAAAUUUGUUAAAAGAAAUUUAUUAAUUUGAAACUCAUCAACUCUAAUUUGUGUCUGUACAUAUGAUAUAUAUUUUGUGUUUGCCUGUAUGUAUUCAGUUUUUAUUUUGCCCUCAAAUAUGUUCAACUAUUUCCGCUUAUUAAAUACAGCUGUGUAUUUGUAUGCCAAAAAGUUCAUUAAAUGAAUAUUUUCAUCACCCUAUAUGUAUAAUUAAAUAAUGUUU